GAGUGACUGAGCGCUUUACGACAGUUGCUUUGUGGUAGCACAGAAGGAGGAAGAUGGCGGCCACUUUAGUUGCUUCUCCAGGAGAGGGACCCGCACCGUCCUUGGGGCGAGAGGCAAUUGCCCCAGACUGGGAAAACCGGGAAGUCUCCACAGGGACCACUAUCAUGGCUGUGCAGUUUGACGGGGGCGUCGUUCUGGGGGCGGACUCCAGAACAACCACCGGGUCCUAUAUCGCCAAUCGAGUGACUGACAAGCUGACUCCUAUUCAUGACCGUAUUUUCUGCUGCCGUUCAGGCUCUGCAGCUGAUACCCAGGCUGUUGCGGAUGCUGUCACUUAUCAGCUUGGUUUCCACAGCAUCGAACUGAAUGAGCCUCCAUUGGUGCACACAGCAGCCAGCCUCUUUAAGGAAAUGUGUUAUCGAUACCGGGAAGAUCUGAUGGCGGGAAUCAUUAUUGCUGGCUGGGAUCCUCAAGAAGGAGGACAGGUGUACUCAGUUCCCAUGGGAGGUAUGAUGGUAAGGCAGUCCUUUGCCAUUGGAGGCUCUGGGAGUUCAUAUAUCUAUGGUUAUGUUGAUGCUACCUACCGUGAAGGCAUGACCAAGGAAGAGUGUCUGCAGUUCACUGCCAAUGCUCUUGCUUUGGCUAUGGAACGGGAUGGCUCCAGUGGAGGGGUGAUCCGCCUCGCAGCCAUUGAAGAAUCAGGGGUAGAGCGGCAGGUACUUUUGGGAGACCAGAUACCGAAAUUCACCAUUGCCACUUUACCACCUCCCUGAAUCUGGGAUUCUAGGAUGUAAUAAGAUUCACCCCAUACUGAUACAAAAUUUAAUAAACAGUUUGUCAAAGAGA